AUGUUUCGAGGAAAUAUUUGCAGUUACGGCAAUUGUUCGAAGUAAUUCCGUGAAGUUUAUGGAGCGAAUUCGUGAAAUUUUUGGAGGAAACUUCAGGACUUCGAAGUAUUUAACUAAAUAGAAAAUCGAAUAUGAAUUCGAUUUUGUUUUAUGUUAUGAAAACCGUUUGGAUUUCGUACGUGAUUUUUUCGAAAGUUGCGGCUAAUAAUGCGGAUAAAACCGAUACGAAAUGUGAAAUCGAUCGAUGUCGUAAUUUGAAAACUGUAAAUCAAAAUGUUAAACCUGUUUCGAUGGUAACACAUUCUUGGAUGUCGUCGAAAGACGCAACAGAUACGGUCAGAAAUGGAAAAAUCACAAAUAAAAAUAUCACAAAGUACUUUACUGGAAAUUCCGAAUUACCUUUUCUCGAAAUCCCCAAGGGCGACGAUAUGCGCAUUCAAGAAUUAAGACUGGAUGAGGAGUAUUUGAUAUUCGGAGCGUUUUCCAUUCUAAUGGGGUUUUUACAACCCCCCGGAUUUCCUCUAGAUUUGCUUCGCGAAACCCUCAACCAACGAAUACCACGAUAUCUAUUAGUUUUACAGGUCUUUAAAAUGGAUAUAAUAUUUGUCGUCUGGAUUAUAAUUUGGAUCGUACUGUCGUUAUGUCUUCCAAUAGCUACAAUCACCCAAGUUUUUUGUCAUAAAGACGUUCAACGUUUAGAAGAAGUUUCUUCCAUUGGACCCCUCCGAUUCGUUGAAAAAUGUACAAAACGUUUCUUGGAAUAUUCAUUGCAUGUACUGCUAUUUUUAUUAAUUCCUACGAUCGUCGUGAUUCUUGCUGCCAACGAACAAAUCUCAAAAUCGAUCACGAAGUUUCCUCUAGCGACAAAUAUCUUUUACGAGGACGUCAACGCGUUCGUACGUAAUACUCAAAUGCAAAUAUCUUUUGUAGUAUCCUCUUCUUUCGAUAUAGCGAUUAAAGGCAUCAAAAACGAUAUGGAAGACGUAAUGGAUCUUCUUGGACGACCGUAUCAACAAGAGCUCGCCGUCGAAGCCGGGAUCGAUUUAGCAUUGAUAAAACUUGACGAACUAAGACUAAUCACGUCGAAGGUAACAUCAUCGGUAUCGGAUGUUUUGUUGGAUUGCGAAAACGCUAAAAAUGCUACAAAUAUAUUACGAGAAAAGUUGGAUGAAAUUUCGCAUCAAAUAAACGUAGCGAUUCAACGAUGUAAUUCCAAAGAUAGAAACGUUUGUUAUACUUUACAAAACACCGGAUUCGAAGUGAUUUUCACCGUACAAAACAUAACAGACGAUCCAAAAAUUAAACAUUUGAAUACAUUGUCACGAGAGGACGCUUUCAAUAUUAGCAUAGAUAAAGUUCGGAAAAACUUUGACUCAAUUCCGGAACAAAUUGUUUUAGAGACAACUUCCUAUAUAAAAGACGCGAGGGCCAUUCUCAACAGGAAAAGAACUCGAGUGAACAAAUCAAUUCAAGCUUUAGACGUCCUAGCGAGGUCCUUGUCAGAUAUGAUGUCACUUAACCAAAAAUCCAUUUCAACAGCCGUGCACGACAUCAUCAAAUAUGAUUUCUGGAGAUGGGUAACUAUUCUCGGUGUAACUUUUUCGAUUUCGGUUGUAUGGGGUGUGAUUUUAUGCGGAGCGCCGUGCGGAUGCGGCGUUACUUCGAAAACAACGACAUUCUUAAUAACCGGUGUUGGUAUUUCUAGUUUCGCCGUUUUAUUAACGUGGGCGAUGGGAUCGUUUUCAGCAUUAAUAGGUGGUCAUAUUAAAUGUUUAAUAUGUAAUCCUCUAUACGAUUCACCAAAUUAUACAGUAUUAGGAAAAUUAUUUGAUACCGAAGGUAUAUUGUAUAAAAAAAGUAUUUUCGAAGAUUUUACAGAUAAUAACGAUACUAUCGAAGUGAAUAACGUAUUGAAGCAUUGUCAAAUGGAUUACACGGUGUACCAGACAUUUCACUUGAAUAAUACGAUAAAUAUCGAUGAAAUUGUAAACUACAAACAAUGGGAAGAUCUGACGGUUUUAUUUACGAAUUUUACAAAAGGAAAAUGUAAUUUGGAGAUACUCAAUCCUAUUCUACAACUCAAUUUACAAGGUUUGUUAAACGCGACGACGGUAAAUUUAACUUCGUAUAGGAUGCAAACGUCAUCUUCAAUAACGAAGAAAGAUCUAAAUACAUUCGCCGAUCAAUUGAAUCAUGUGGCGAGACAAAUAACGGACGCCGGUAGUUCGAGGAAGAUCGAAAACGUCGCGUUCGCAAUUAGGAAAAUCAUUCGGAACGAAAUGAGAAAUUUGUUGGAAAUCAGAAAUGGGAUUUUGUAUAAAAUAACCGCUUUGGAAGUUAUGAUGCCGUCUUUGAAUGAGCGAGUCGUUGAUUCGUUGGAACAUUUGAAAAAAGUACAGUACCAUCUCGAUACGGGGGGAUCACAAAUUGCGGAAAAAGUUAGGACUCUGUUCGUUAAACGAUUGACUAGAUACUUGGAGGAUCUUUUCAAUUACGUCAGGAAAAAAGUAACUAAAGAAAUAGGAAAGUGUCGGCCGCUUUGGGAAAUUUUUCACUCUAUUCGUUUCUACGUUUGCAAGCUAAUUGCAGAUCCGAUGAAUGCCAUCGCCUUUUCAAGUUUUUUCGUAAUUGUAAUUUUCCUCGCACUAGCCCCUGUAGUAUUAAAUAUAAUAAAUCAUUAUAAAACAUCCGAUUGCGGUUCAUCUUCUUCGUCCCAAAGUAACGGUUUAUUGGACGAAGUAAACGUUUGGGUUUCUCCGGUCUCUGGAACUCCUCCAGAGAUGCAAUUAGUUGAAAGUGUAGCACCUGUACCCUACGAAACAUCCACUAAUGCAACAUGGAGAAGCCCCACACUCCCCAGACCUCCUACUAUUUCGUCGCGUAUACAAUCAAUCAGGAUACCGCAGAUUUCAACUAUAACAAAAACGAGUAAAAUGUCAGCAAUCUCAUCAAGGAUAUCAAAAACGAGGGGCCGUCGAAAUUACGAAUCCUUAAAAUUGGUAGAACCAAUACGUUGGAAAACAGGAUCUACAACUCCAAAAAGUUGGAUAUGACGAUAAUAAACAAUCCCAACUGAAUAAUUACGUCACAUCCCCCCACAUUAUGUAAUACUCAUAAAUGGGCGGUUUCUAAAAGAAGAAGGCGUUCCGACUAAGUGAAACAAAUAAUCUAUCGUUCUCUCUCUCUCUCUCUAUCUAUCUCUUUCCUCGGAGGUUCCAGCUCGAUUCUGCGCGUACUUAAGCAUGCGCAGUAUAGAUAAAGAAAAUGAAUACUGUCGAAUGUCGUUUUUUCCCAUAAGAACCGUCCAUUUAUGUACGUCACAACCAUAAAGAAAAAACAAUAAAAUGUCGGUUAGCAGGAACAAAAAUUAAACAAUUUACGGAUCUGAAUUUGAAAAUAAAAUUAUAACUUAUAAAAAGCUAUCAGUGUUUUUAUAGUUUUUUUUUUCACGUAGUAAAUCAAAAUAUGUUAGUUUGAAACAAAUUGUUUGAAGUAGUACAUUAAAAUUACGAAAGUAAAAAAGCUGAUGUUCACUUUUUACAUCUCGAUAGUAUCCCUGGAUGGGUAAUAAAUUUUUCAAUCCCUCACUCCCAUUUCCUUCGUCCUUAGAGAAAUUUAUCGCCCAUAUUUUAAUCUAUAGGUGUCAAUAUAAAAACGGAG